AUGAAGAUGCCUUCUGCCUUAAGCGAGACCAGACUGUUCCGCAAGAGGUCCGACAAGAACAAACUCAGUAUCUCAACAACCAUCAUCUCAAAGCCAGACCCUCAAAGUGGCACUUCAUCACCAAUCCAACGCUCUUCUGAGGAAAAGACUGCAGUUGGAGACUCUUCAUCCAGCGACAUUCUUCGCAACACCCGUUCUCCCAGCCCAAAAUACGAUGAGAUCCUACUGGAUGACUCGGCAGUCCUCGCCCCAUGCGAUUACAUCCGAUCACUGCCCUCCAAGAAUGUCCGCGCAACAGUCAUUCAAGCCUGCAACCUGUGGUUCAAGCUCUCCGAAGUCCAAACCACCGCCAUCAUCGACAUCAUCUCAGACCUUCACAACGCUUCCCUCAUCCUGGACGACAUCCAAGAUGACACUGUUCUCCGCCGAGGGAGCCCAGCCACACACUGCGUGUACGGAAACGCACAAGCCAUCAACAGUGCCAUUUACAUGAUCGUCAACAACUGCGCAAAGCUGGGACAACUACAGCUUGUGGGUCCGGCCGCCAUGAACGCACUCGUGAAUGGAACACUCGAACUCUCCGUCGGCCAGAGCUGGGAUCUGAAAUGGAAGGCUCACCUCCACUGCCCGACUGUGGGCGAAUACAUGGCCAUGGUGGAUGGCAAGACGGGUGCAAUGCUCAAGUUGAUCAUUCAUCUGAUGCACAGCAUGUCUGAUCAGCGCGAUAUGGACGAUGCCAUGCCACUCUUCGAUCGAUUGGUGCUUCUACUUGGACGCUUCUAUCAGGUUCGUGACGACUACCAGAACCUGCAGGAUGACACAUACUCUGAGCAGAAGGGAUUCUGUGAGGACUUGGACGAGGGCAAGAUCUCUUACCCUGUCAUUGCGUGCUGCAAUUCUGACCCCGCGGCUAAGGAUAUCUUACUUGGUAUCUUCCGGGAAAAGCGGGAUCCUAGUAUCAACCCGCUCCCUAAGAGCACCAAGAUCUUCAUGCUGCAGAUAAUUGAUCGCUCUGGGGCAUUCGAGAGUACUUGGGAUAUGUUGCAGACUUUGGGCAAGGAAACUUGGGAUGCUCUUUUGGCUUUGGAGGAAGCUACGGGGAAGGCCAGUCCGGGGCUGCAACAGAUGAUCAAGAUGUUGAUCAACACUGUGCAGCCGCCCAAGCGCUGGUGA